AUGUGUUCUUAUAAUAUUGAUUGUCUUAAUUGUUUUGAAGGUAAAAUCAAUUUUCUUGAGGUUUAUGGAGAUAGAAAUCCAGAACAGAACAUCGUCUAUGGAGAAAUUAUCAUUCAACUUUAUCCUAGGCAAUCUGAUCCUGGGAAAGCAGUUUCGGUUCAACUAUACAGUUCUUCCGAGAUUGACCCGGAUACCGGAAUAGGAAAGCUCUAUCAGAAAAUUUACCUAAAAAAUGGGAAGACUGAAAAGGGUAUGCACAAAAUUAAUGAAGCUAAAAGUAAGAGGUACAUAAUAGAGUUCAGCGUUGAGCCAGGUUUCGGAAAGCCUGGAGCUUUUCUCAUAAAAAAUGAGCAUAAACACAAGUUUUUCCUACAAUCCGUCUCUUUCCAAGGUCCUUAUGAUCAGCUAAUUCAUUUUGAAUGCAAUUCUUGGAUUUAUCCAUGCAACUUGACAAAGAAAGGUCGAAUCUUCUUUCCAAACACUUGUUAUCUACCAAACCAAACGCCAGAUGGUUUGGUUGAGCUCAGGAAAGAGGAACUAGUUAGAUUAAGAGGAGAUGGAACAGGGGAAAGAAAAGAAUGGGAUCAAAUCUAUGACUAUGACUACUACAAUGACCUUGGCAAUCCUGAUAAAGGCCUGGAGUAUAUAAGACCUGUUUUAGGUGGUUCUUGGUCAUAUCCAUAUCCUCGUAGAUUAAGAACUGGUCGCCCUUCCUGCAACUAUGAUUUUAGAACUGAGAGCCAACCUGAAUCAUUCAACAUCGACAUAUAUGUACCUCCAGAUGAGCGGUUUAGCCCUAAGAAACUAUCAGAGUUCAUAUCAAAUGUAAUCCAGGCUGCUAUGCGUUUUGUUAUUCCUGAGGCAAAAGCGAUGUUCAAAGAGGGAUCGAGUCAUUUUGAGUCCUUCAAUGAGAUACAACAGUUGUUCACAACUACUAGGGUCCAAGGAGUGGAAGAAUGGGUAGCGAAGAUUUUGAAACCAACAGUGCCUGGUGAUCUUCUUAAAAAAAUUAAACAAGUAAUCAAGAAGAACCCGGUGAAAUCUCCGCUUCCUGAAAUCAUAGCAGGGAACAAAUUUGCGUGGAUAAAUGAUGACGAAUUUGGGAGACAGAUGCUUGCAGGAAUUAAUCCAACUGUAAUACAACGUUUGCAGAGGUUCCCUCCGAAAAGCAAAAAUGGAGUGAAGAGUUCAAUAAAGCAAUCAGACAUAGAACAAAACCUCGAUGGCCUGACUGUUCAAGAGGCAUUGAACCAGCGGCGGAUUUUCAUCUUAGAUCACCAUGAUUAUCUCAUGCCAUUUUUAACCAGAAUAAACACUGAAGGUACGUGUGUUUAUGCUUCCCGAACUCUACUAUUCUUGAGAAGCGAUGACACACUGAAGCCGUUGGCCAUAGAACUGAGCUUGCCUAGUUCCUUACCUCCUAUGGAGAUCAACAGAGUGUUCUGUCCGGCAACUAAUGGGACAGAGGCUGCGCUGUGGCAACUUGCAAAAGCUCAUGUCUUAGCGAAUGACUCCGGUCACCAUCAACUAAUCAACCAUUGGUUAAAAACUCAUGCAGUAAUUGAGCCAUUUAUCAUUGCCACCAGAAGGCAUUUGAGUGUGAUGCAUCCAAUUCACCGAUUACUUGAUCCUCAUUUCAAAGACACUAUUCAAGUGAAUGCAUUGGCUCGAUCUAUGGUCAUAAAUGCUGGAGGAGUACUCGAAAAGACACUAUUUUCUGGUCCUAUCUCAAUGGAGUUGUCCUCUGCUAUGUACAAAAAAUGGAGAUUUGAUGAACAAAGCCUCCCUAUGGAUUUGAUCACAAGAAGAAUGGCCAUAUACAAUGAAAAUCUGCCAGCAGGAGUUCAACUUCUUUUUGAGGAUUAUCCGUAUGGUUCAGAUGGACUGGAUAUUUGGAUCGCAAUAGAGAAUUGGGUGACAGAAUUCUGUUCAUACUUCUACAAAGAUGAUGCUUCUGUUAGUUCUGACUAUGAGAUGCAAAACUGGUGGUCAGAAAUCCGAAAUGUAGGUCAUGGCGAUAAACGCAAUGAAACGUGGUGGUACUCAUUGACAACUCUCAGAGACGUAAAAGAGGUUUUAACAACUCUAAUAUGGAUUGUUUCAGCUUUUCAUGCUGCAGUAAAUUUUGGACAAUAUGUAUAUGCUGGUUAUCCACCAAAUCGCCCUACGUCCUGUAGAAAGUUUAUUCCAGUUGAAGGGACACGCGAGUUUGCUGAAUUUCUUAGGGAUCCCGACAGGUUUUAUUUCCAUACCUUACCUACAAGAUCUGAGAUGACUCUUAGCAUAGCCUUGGUCGAGGUUCUGUCAAGGCACAUGUCUGAUGAAGCGAACUUAGGUCAAGAGCUGUCACCGAAGUGGAUAGAUGAUCAAAGGAUUCAUCGGAGCUUCAAGAAGUUUGCUGAUGAACUUCGAGAUGUGGAGAAAAAGAUCAGAAAGAGAAACGGAGAUCCAAACCUUAAGAACAGACGAGGACCUGCUAACAUUGAAUAUGAGCUUUUAUAUCCUGGUACAUCAUCAAAUAAGGAAUCACAUGAAGGCAUCACAGGAAGAGGAAUCCCUAAUAGUAUAUCUGUAUAA